UCUCUCUCAUAUCCUCUCAUCCUUAGUCCUCACAACCAUUUUUCAGAAUGAAGUUUCUUCUGCAGAUCUCAGCUGAAUUGGAGAAUGUCUGUUCACUUCGUCCAGACGGUAACGGUGGAGUCAAUAGUGUCACCAUGCCAUAUUUUUUUCACCUUAACUGUGAAAAAUGUGGGGAAAUCACUGAUGAGCAGUGCACAUACUUGAAUCAAAGAGUCAACCAUAAGGGCAAAACCUACAACCAUGUUCUCAAGUGCAAGGGGUGCGACAGAGUUGGAACGGUUAAAUUGAUCUCGGGUUCGGGAAAGGAGUAUACUGCUGCAGAUUCCGGAGCCUAUGUUCCAUUGAUGGUUUUUGACGUUGAAGGGUUGCUUAUGCAUAGGUAUGUCUUCAACGGCGGUUGGGAGGUUUUUCCGGUCUCUGGCAACAGUAUCAAGGUCAAUCUUGUUGGAGGCGGUUUUGUGGGAGAUGGUGUUGCUCCACCUGUUGUGAGAAAUCUGAGGAGCCGUUUCGUAAGAAAAUGAGUGGUUAAUCAACUGGUGGUCUGGUGCUUGCUAUUUUAUGUCGCUUGUUAUUUCUAUGUUUUUCGGAUUUUAAGUGCUAAGAUUUAAGUAUUAAGACCUUUUCUUUUAGUGUACCUUUAUUCUGUUAUCGUUCGAACUUUGAUGGGAGGUUGUUCCCAUUGUUUUCCAUCGCAUUAAAAGAAGUUUAUAAUAUGUAGUAAUGUCUUUG